AACAGAUUUCCAUAACUGUAAGUCUGUAGUGAAACAGCAGCUCAGUUUCCAGUUGGAAUUUCGCAAGAAAUUAGUCCGAAACUUUGAAUCAAUCGUUUCCAGUUGACUCGCUUUGCCUUCUCCGACGACUGCUGUCAACAAUCCAACCAUCUUCUACUAUAUAGUGAAGUAGUACGCAUUUUUUUAUACUAGCUUUUCAAAUCACUCCCGCUGCACAAUAUUUUUCCCCAAACAAGGCAGCAAAACUGCUCCAUUUCAUAAUCUGCAGCUGAGAUUCUCGAUCGGCGGCGAUGGGGAGCUAUUUGGAGGAUUUCUCCGACGUGAAGCCGAAGAACUCCACCGAGGAGGCGCUGCAGCGAUGGAGGAAUGCUUGUUGGUUGGUGAAGAAUCGGAAGAGGAGAUUCCGCUUCACUGCUAAUCUGUCCAAGCGUUUCGAAGUUCGUGAGAUCCAGAAAUCCAAUCAGGAGAAGCUUAGAGUUGCAGUGUUAGUUUCCCAAGCUGCUCUUAGUUUUAUUCAGAGUAUAAGUUACAGUGUGCCUGAGGAUGUAAAGGGGGCAGGUUUCGAGAUAGAUGCAGACGAAUUAGGGUCGAUUGUUGAGGGUCAUAACAUGAGGAAGUUGAAAGUUCAUGGUGGUGUUGAGGUUCUAGUAGGGAAGCUAUCAACCUCAGUCGAUAACGGUAUUGAUAACUCUGUGGAGGCGCUUAGUCGUAGAAGAGAAGUUUAUGGGGUUAAUAAGUUUGUGGAGAGCCCGGCUAAGGGCUUUUGGCUUUUUGUGUGGGAAGCUCUGCAAGAUACUACCCUUAUGAUACUUGCUGUUUGUGCUGUGGUCUCUCUGAUUGUUGGCAUUGCAACAGAGGGAUGGCCAAAGGGUGCUCAUGACGGGCUUGGCAUUGUAGCGAGUAUACUUCUUGUUGUGUUCGUCACUGCUACAAGUGACUAUAAACAGUCGUUGCAGUUCAAAGAUUUGGAUAAGGAAAAGAAAAAGAUUACGGUGCAGGUUACUAGAAAUGGGUACAGGCAAAAGAUUUCAAUAUUUGAUUUACUCGCGGGUGACAUAGUUCAUCUUGCUAUCGGGGAUCAGGUCCCGGCUGAUGGACUCUUUGUUUCAGGUUAUUCGUUGUUAAUCAACGAGUCUAGUUUAACUGGAGAGAGUGAGCCGGUAAAUGUAUCAGCCGAGAAUCCCUUUCUUCUCUCUGGGACUAAAGUGCAGGAUGGAUCUUGCAAAAUGCUUAUUACUACCGUUGGGAUGAGAACUCAAUGGGGGAAACUAAUGGCUACUCUUUCCGAAGGUGGUGAUGACGAGACCCCUUUGCAAGUUAAACUGAAUGGAGUCGCAACGAUAAUUGGGAAAAUUGGGCUAUUUUUUGCUGUUAUCACUUUUGCUGUUCUUGUGCAAGGGCUGUUUAGCAAGAAGAUGAUUCAAGGUACCGUAUGGAGCUGGUCGGCUGACGAGGCACUGGAGAUGCUGGAAUACUUUGCUAUUGCAGUGACAAUUGUUGUCGUUGCUGUCCCUGAGGGUCUGCCUUUAGCUGUUACGUUGAGCCUUGCGUUUGCCAUGAAGAAGAUGAUGAACGACAAGGCACUUGUCCGUCACUUAGCAGCUUGUGAGACGAUGGGAUCAGCCACGACUAUAUGUAGUGACAAGACAGGGACUCUUACUACUAAUCACAUGACAGUUGUGAAAGCAUGCUUUUGUGGGAAAGUAAAAGAAAUCAGUAGCUCGAUGAAGAAAUCUGCCUUCUGCUCAGACAUUCCGGAUUCUGUUGUUACAAUGAUUCAGAAGUCGAUAUUCAACAACACAGGAGGUGAUAUUGUUCUAACUGAGGGUGGGAAGAUCGAAGUCCUUGGCACGCCCACUGAGGCAGCACUUCUUGAGUUUGGCCUUUUCCUCGGUGGAGAUUUCAAGGCGGAGAGGCUGGCAUCGAAGCUUGUCAAAGUCGAGCCAUUUAACUCUGAGAAGAAGCGCAUGGGGAUAGUUUUGGAAUUACCCGGAGAUUGUUUUCAGGCGCAUUGCAAAGGCGCGUCUGAGAUUAUUUUGUCUGCGUGUGACAAGACACUGGAUUCAGCUGGGGAGGUUGUUCCUCUAGAUGAAAAAAUGUAUAGUUAUCUGAAUAACACAAUCGAGCAAUUUGCUAACGAAGCUCUGCGAACUCUGUGCCUCGCAUAUAAGGAUAUUGAAGGUGACUACAAGGCUGAUAGUCCUGUUUCCUUUGAGGGCUACACUUUGAUUGGAAUUGUGGGAAUCAAAGAUCCCGUUCGUCCUGGAGUCAAGGAGUCGGUUGCAAUCUGUAGGUCGGCUGGAAUUAUGGUGCGAAUGGUCACAGGAGACAACAUUAACACAGCUAAGGCAAUAGCUAGAGAAUGUGGAAUACUGACUGAUGAUGGCCUUGCAAUUGAAGGCCCAGAUUUCCGAAUGAAGAGUGACGAGGAACUGCAGGAGAUCAUCCCUAAACUACAGGUAAUGGCGCGUUCUUCACCAAUGGAUAAGCAUACCCUUGUCAGGCAUCUUCGGUCCACAUUUCAGGAGGUCGUUGCAGUGACUGGGGAUGGGACAAACGAUGCCCCAGCACUUCACGAAGCAGAUAUUGGUCUUGCAAUGGGAAUUUCUGGAACUGAGGUUGCCAAGGAGAGUGCCGAUGUUAUAAUUUUGGACGAUAAUUUCUCCACCAUCGUGACUGUUGCAAAGUGGGGCCGCUCUGUUUAUGUGAACAUUCAAAAGUUCGUCCAGUUUCAGCUCACGGUCAAUGUGGUCGCGCUGAUCGUCAACUUUUCUUCUGCUUGCUUGACAGGCCAAACGCCUCUCACAGCCGUCCAGCUUUUAUGGGUGAACAUGAUCAUGGACACGCUCGGAGCACUUGCACUCGCCACUGAGCCUCCCACCAACGACUUGAUGAAGAGAACUCCAGUCGGAAGGAAAGGGAACUUCAUCAGCAACGCCAUGUGGAGGAACAUAUUCGGGCAGUCUAUCUACCAGUUUGUCGUCAUUUGGUACCUCCAAACGGCUGGAAAGGCAGCGUUCAGCCUCCAUGGAGACAAUUCCGACCUCAUUCUCAACACAAUCAUAUUCAACUCGUUUGUCUUCUGCCAGGCUUUCAACGAGAUAAACUCGAGAGACAUGGAGAAGAUAAACGUGUUCAAAGGCAUACUCGACAACUAUGUCUUUGUCGGAGUGCUGAGCUCCACAGUCGUCUUCCAAGCCAUUAUUGUGGAGUUUCUGGGCACGUUUGCAAACACGCACCCUCUCACGUGGCAGCAGUGGCUAGCAAGCGUAUUGAUCGGGCUUCUGGGCAUGCCGAUUGCUGCAGCCAUCAAAAUGAUCCCGGUAGGGUCAAGGUAAAAACCAGCCUUUUAGAUUAGGAGUAUGGCGUUUAUGCUUUAGAGAUUAGGGUUUCAUUAUUUGUAAAUUUAAAAGCGUGUAAUUUCGUCGUUGAUUUGGGGACGAUAAUUCUAACGUAGGCUCGGUUUGAGAAGUUAUCUUAUCAAUAUACUUCUUGCUUUCGAGCGUC